AGUUUCGCCGAGGCCAGUCACGGAUAACCGUGACCACGCAAGCGUAUUUUAUCAAUUGAGAAGCUGAUUUCAUGUAGUAUCAUCUCCACACCCUCUUGUAACCCGCUUCCAACAAUAACAUAUAAGAAGACAGAAGCAUCGUGUUGGCUAGUUGCCUCGAGGAGUACCGCGGGAACAGAAAUAUAUUAACAAUCUUGUGGUGUGGGAGUCGGUUGAGGUAGAUUCCGUACAUUUCUGCAAAAGCUCUAUAUAGCAAACCAUUUGCCGUUGUGUCUUCGAGCGAUGUUUUAAUAAUCUUCUCGAUUUGUUUUCUUUUAUCCGAAGAACGAAUUGUGUGAUUUCAGUUUUCAUUAGAACGAGUUCGCAGGCGGAAAGUUUCUGACCUAUAUUUCGCGUGUUGAUUGAUACGCGCCUCGAGCGCCAACUCGUGAGCCAGUGAACCAUUGUUAGGAGGCGUUUUGAGAAGAAACAUCUAAACACUCGAAAUUAGUGCAGUUUGGUGGUAAACACAUGAAACAUAAGUUGAUGUGGAAGUGAGCCGGGAGCGGAUGUGAACAAACGACAAGUAACGAGUUUUCAGAAGUGUGGAUAUAUUUUGCAGUAUCUUAAUGCUUGUUUCGCGGCUUAGCCGCACAACACGCGACCAGCUGUGUGUAUGAUGCGAAGAAAAGCACACGCAGAGGGGGGCAACAGUUUGAUACGGUAAAUCGAUGGUCGUCUGUUUGGAACCAGUUUUGUCUCCAACUCCACUCUGGCGCAGUUCCAGUACCCGCUGGUAAUUGAAAUAAAUUUCUGGUAGCAGCUGUAACAUUCAUAAAAUAUAUAGUGGAAAAUAAAUCGCAAUUGUGGAUCCUCCGUGGGCGUUAAAUAGAAAAAAAGAGUGCAUUUGACGCUACGUUUUUCCUCAGGAAGCUGAAAGCUUUCGAAACGUACGGAAAGUCAAGCAGAAUUGUUAAUGUGAUAAAGUGAAAAGUUUUUAAUUGAAGAAGUCAGCAAUAGCGAGGAAGGCCACUCCUCCUAGGUGGUUGGAGGUUGAAGAUGUGGCAGCUGUAAAAAGUUGCGACGAAAGCAAAGCUUCUUUGUCUACCCGCUCUAACCGAAUCAGGAAUCAUCCGCGGAGCAAAGGAAACGAAGUGCGAGGAAAGCCGGCAAACCGUUUUGUGGCGGCAGUGUGAAUGUAUGUAUGUUCGUUGGUGUGAAGCGGAAAAGAAGCGCGUAGUUCUGCGGAAGUGGCAAGUCCGCCGGAAGAAGAAAAAAAUAGUGUAGCGCAAAUUGCCUUUGUGAUUUGCCAAUUGAUCUUGGAGACAGGAGUGUGGCUCUGUCAUCGACCGGGCGGGCAGACGCCUGCGGUGUCCAAGAAGCAAAGGUGUCUAAUACCGGCGAAACGGAUCAGCAGCAGCAGGCCAAUCAAUGUAGUGAUAAUCUCCAACCGCUGACUUCGCCGUUGUCGAUGGCAACUAUCGAUUCAGAAAUCCAUCAUGUCAAGUUUCGAAGCCCCGAUGAAAAGUUCAUGCUUUAUAUCAACGACGAAACGAAAAAUAAAUAUACAUGACAAAAUAAUGAAUUAUGAAUUAGAAGGUGUGUAAUAUUGUCGAUGAUAAUGGUAUACAUUUGCUGUUGAAUGUAAUUGGCCGCUUCAAAUUCGGAAACCACGUAAAUUGGACAGCACUCGAUCGGUUGAUAACUCCAUCUCCUGAUAUUUGGCAGAACAUCACUCUGGGAUGGAAACAAAACUUGUUGCAAUUCAUGCGUCUCGCAUAUGGUCGAUCUCGCCAGGUGUCAAUCGCUCGAAAUGGACGGAUCAGCGUUAACCCACAAUAUGGUACCACCCAUGGAGAAUGCCUCGGAAGGACAUCUCGUACCGGAAGCCGAACGGAAGUGCGGCAGCUUGGACGUUGAUUUGGAUCGAAAGUUCCUAAACAAUAACAAUACCACUAGCAUAACAUGUUUGCAAUUCAUCACGCCACCCGAUCCACCGCCAUCGCCUGCGUUACUGUUAGAUUACGUAGUUGAAUCGAGCAUCAAAAGUCAACCGCCACACACACUCCUAGAUAGCGAAAUUAAAAGAUUCGAAAAUCUUAGCUUUAAUAGCAAUAGUGACAAGCAGUCAACACACAGUCAAGUAGAUGCAGUAGAAACCAAUUCACCUAGGAUUAAUACUCGGCCAGUAGUUGUAACGGAAGACGUAGAUGCGAAGGAGACCACAAUGUCGACGACAGGUAUCGAAACAGCGAAACAAUCCGUCAAUUGUAUUGUUACCAAUGCCUCUACUAAUCGAACCAGCGACCAAAAGACAACGAAGUCAUCGCCUGUUGUUACUACCCCGACAAUAGUAACAACCACUCCAGAGAAUCCAUUCAUUGAAUUCAGUAUUAACAUCCAUUGCAGUACCGUUCACCACUCCAACCAUAAACAUCAUCCCAUGACCGUACCACCUGCUCAAAAAUCCGGAGAUGUGAACGCGUCUACAUCCCUCGAUGCUGCGUGUGAUAUAUGUCGUCCAAAACCUUCGCCACCUCUGCCUUCAAUGAUUAACGAAUAUCCUACUAACACCAAACUCGCUUGCAAGAUUACAGAAGCUUACGCUGUAUCUGCUACUGAUACCACCACGAUCGACAUCGCUUCUGCAGCGGCUUACGCGAGCAAACCACCCAUUCACAAUAAAAACCACCUUCACCAUCAAUACCAACCGCACCACGUCACGCCUUUUUCUCGUAACCAAACCUGUACCAAUCUCAAUAACACCUCCUCCCACAGUCUGCGCUUUAUGACUCAACAUAUUAAAAUCUUACCUAAAACUCAAUCUCUAGAUCUGGUAGAUAACGACGACCUGCUGGAGGCAAGCAAUAGAUCUGAAUCCCAGUUGGAAAUCAAUACGACUGGUGUUUCUUCCCUCAAAGGACGUGUGCUUCCGAAACUUCAACCACUCGAUCAAACUCGACCAAUCUAUCCGAAUGUACCGUACAGCCCGUACAAUAGCCCCUACGGAAGUCCCCGCAGCGGCCGACGUCGUACUCCGCUCAGGGAAUCGAGAAGAGUCUCCAUCGAACAGACCGGCAGCUUUCUACAGUUGAAUCAGUAUAAACUACUGGAUCAAAUUGGACAGGGUUCCUACGGACUGGUGAAGCUUGCUUACUCUGAGGAAGAUUCAACCCAUUACGCCAUGAAGAUACUUUCCAAACGCAAACUGCUCCGGAAGGCAGGUCUUAUGCGUCGCGGACCAAAACGAGGAACAUCGCCACUGGAUCGAGUGUAUCGGGAAAUAGCCGUGUUAAAAAAGCUGGACCAUCCCAACGUGGUGAAAUUGAUAGAGGUGCUGGAUGAUCCGCUGGAAGAUUCAUUAUAUCUGGUGUUCGAGCUGGUGCAGCAUGGCGAAGUUCUCGCCAUACCGACCGACUGUCCGCUUAGCGAGGGACGUGCUUGGAAUAUAUUCCGGGAUGUUUUACUAGGUGUUGAAUAUCUUCACUAUCAACGUAUAAUCCACGGAGAUUUGAAGCCAGCCAAUCUGCUGCUGUCGGAUUCGGGGAGCGUGAAGGUGGCCGAUUUGGGAGUGUGCAAUGAAUUUCUCGGCGAGGACGCUGCUAUGAACAACGGUUCGACCGCAGGUACACCGGCCUUCAGGUCGCCCGAGACGCUCCUCCCCGGCCAGCAUGUUUACAAUGGAAAAGCGGCCGACAUUUGGGCACUCGGAGCCACCCUAUAUUCCCUAGUCCAUGGAAAAGUUCCUUUUAUUGCCACUUCAGUUCCUGGUGUGUAUGAGAAGAUAAAGAAUGACCCACUGCAAUUUCCUCCCACGAGUCCAAUCAGUCCGGAGCUGCGGGAUCUAAUCGAAACCAUGCUCGAUAAAGAUCCCCAACUUCGAAUCACGCUUCCGCAGAUCAAGGAGCACUGUUGGGUCACCAAGUUUGGCACGCAACCGCUCCCCAGCGAAGAGGAAAACUGUCGACUGGUGCAAAUCAACGACGAAGAUAUGACCACGGUGGUGAAAAGUAUACCAAAGUUAGACACGCUCAUCCUGAUAAAGACAAUGCUGAAGAAACACUCAUUUCAAAAUCCUUUCUUAAGAGGUAUUUCCGGCAGAGCUCCACAGCUCGGAGGCUCACGAAUAGAAAGAUUCGGCCGAUCUGGCCGAUCUAACUCGGCACCAGGAGAUUAUCACACAUCCGAAAGGCAACCAUCGAAUGAGUCUCUUUUACCUUCCGUGACCGAAGGUAUCUCUAGUCCCAGUGAAAGCCCGGAACAGUUAUCGCCUUGCCAUGCUCCCAGUGUGAUAUCAACCCCUUCGCAGGACUCCAUCGAGCCGGUCGCUACUGAAACAGAUGAAGCGGCAGCCGCGGUGACGCAAGCGGAUUCGGGCCAAACGAAUAUGCCAAAUCCUGCUUGCUUAGAAGUUCUGCUAUAACGCGAUGCUAGUGAUUUCCUCUUUUCCUAUGUUUCCAAAGAUAUUAAUACGAAAGCAAUUUGUAGGCGACGCUUCGGAUUUGGCGACCGUGGCUCCUGGUUAAUUAAAUAAUUGUUAAUAUCUCUCUUAUGUUGAUUUGAUGGGACUUAAGGUAACACGAUUUAUUUCGUUCGUUAGCCGAAAUAUUAAUAGCACGUGAGGAACCCGAAGAAGGCUCUUACUCGGACGUUGUUGAAUUUUACUCGUACUUAUUGUGUACACUGAAUUUUGACCAUUUUUAAUCUGAUAGCUAAAGUAAGUACACGUUAGGAGUAGCUUUGGAACAGAACUUUUUGAGUGUUAUUAAUACUGGACCGGAGUUAGUAGCGGGAGAAAAAAUAUGUACAUAUUUUCGGGUUUAACAUUUUUAACAUACAACCUUUUAAAGCCAGGUGUUUUAAAAACAUAACACUCCUUCAUAUUUUUAAUUGAAGACCAAAAACUGAAACCAUAAGAUAGAGAUACAGACGCCAAUUGCAAAAGGUAGCGCGUCUGGGAUUCAGAAAUAUACGCUUUAAACCAUCAUGAUGUUCUCCAAAACAAACUAGCGGUGAGGAAUGAUCGACAUUCAUAAAACGUUAGCCUGUAGACUCUGUAGUCUCCCUGUAAUCAACUCUGACUGACAGCGUAUUUUGGAAGAUUUUAUGUUUUAGGCCUAUCAUCGACUGACUAAAAUGUCUCGUAGAUAGACAUAUCAGACAACCAAGUUCAUGGUAUCUAUCACCGUGUAAAAACUAUAACAAAAAUUCGUUGACUCACAGACGCAUUAAAUUUAGCACUUCAUAUCCAGGUUAUUCACUUGCUUCUUCUUCCAUAAUAAGGCUUGAAACAUUUAGAAUCAGAAAUCACAAAACCAGGUGUAUCUCGGGAUUGGUUGGAGGUACAAAAAAUGUUUUUAUAUUAAAAUGCGGAUAAUUUAUUGUUCGUUUUAGAAAAAAAGAUUGAAAGAAUUAUUCCGUUACAGUUUUAAUGAAUUUUCGCACUUUCUUCGGAUACCCGACUCCAUCAAAGUUUAAACUCUCUGUUGGUCAACCUCAGCGGCCAUUUUAUUCCAUGAUCUCUUCAUGUCUACAGCAUCCCGAGUCAAUUUGGCAUCCUUUUUCAAUUUCCGCUUGACAAUUCCGCUCAAUUUCCGCUUGAUAAUCGACCCCAUUGUCAUGGUACCACUGAAGCACCUCUCGACUGCAGUGGUAGCUCGCCAAAUCUGGUCAAAACUUCACCGGACCUUGAUGGCCUUAAUAAACGGAAGGAAACGUUUCUGCAGGCUUUCUUCCCUAUACAUCUUCAAAUCCAUUGUCUUGUUUGUGACGAGAACCUUGGUUUCCUGUCCACAGCUGCAAAUCCCUUGCCAAAUCAAGAUCUUCCAUUUAUCAGCGAAAACGAACUUCAAUUUGCGGAGAAAAUCUCCUCUGGCAGUGGCCUUAUAGAAUUCGAGGCCUGGGAACUGACUAAAAUCCUUCUUCACGUUUCGUCGUCCAUCAGCAUGCAUUCUUAACCAUCAGCAUGCAUCAAAACCUUAUUGCUACUAGAGGCGAAUGAACUGAAAAGUUUAAACCCUCUUAAAGCCAAAAAGAAGAAGAAGAAGAAAUCCUUAUUGUACAAUUUUCGAACGCAUUUUUUGUCGACCAGAUUUUGCUCCUUCUUUCGGAGAUAAUCUUCUCACAUACGGAUUUUCUGAAUGGUACUUUGGUUAGAGUUUCCAAAAUCAACUUUUUUAUCUCUGCUUCCAUCCUGCACCUUAUUCGACACCAAACGAAUCAACAUGAAAUUUUUAUUGUCGAAAGAUAUAGGUUUUCUCAACAACUUGCUGUCAAUAGAUUUCUGAUACGCCUACUACGACCGCUGCUAAAAAUGAACAGUGAUUCCGGAUUCUAAAUAUUUCUGGAUUCAAUUGAUGUGGAGUUUAUAUAAAGGUGAUACCCUUAUAUUGACAGAGGUCACAGUUAUUUGAAUAAGUGCAUGCAUGCAGUGCAAUACAUUUCGGGACCAUAUCAAAAUGACGUCUCCAAUGUCAAAACUGUGCUUCAGGUUCUAAUUAGAAAUGAACGCGUGAAAAGUGUCGAUCAUGUCCAUCGUUUACUUAUCGGAGAAAAAUUUGAUGGACGCAAAGCUCAAUGACAUAACGUCUUGAAGAAGGUUCGAAUUUGCCAAAAUAAUUGCUUAAUAUAAUAACUCAGAUAGUUGGUAACAAUUUUUAGAAUCUCUCUCCUUCGUUUUAUAACAUCUUAAAUGGUGGAGUCCUAAAUUUUGAAUCUAAUCUAUAAAAAUCAGAUCAUUCAAUUU